ACCUACCUACCUACAAAAAAUACACACAAGAAAAACAUUGAAAAGAAACGAAAAUAAUCUUGACUACAAUAACUUUUUAGUGUUUUCUCUUCUAUCAUCAUAAUCUAAUUAUCAUCAAAAAUAAACUAAUAAUUAGGGUUUUAAGAAUGUCGUACGAUUAUCUUUUCAAAUACAUCAUCAUCGGCGAUACAGGCGUGGGGAAAUCGUGUUUGCUGUUGCAAUUCACCGACAAAAGGUUUCAACCAGUUCAUGAUUUGACUAUCGGUGUCGAAUUCGGUGCUCGUAUGGUCGAGGUUCAGUCCCGCCCUAUCAAGCUUCAGAUUUGGGACACUGCUGGACAAGAAUCAUUCAGAUCAAUCACUAGGUCAUAUUAUAGAGGAGCAGCUGGAGCACUUCUGGUUUAUGACAUCACUAGGAGAGAAACUUUCAAUCAUCUUGCUGGAUGGCUUGAAGAUGCACGGCAGCAUGCCAACCCCAACAUGACUAUCAUGCUUGUAGGAAACAAAAGUGAUCUUUCCCACCGAAGAGCUGUCAGCAAAGAGGAAGGAGAGCAGUUUGCAAAAGAAAAUGGGCUUCUGUUCUUGGAAGCAUCUGCAAGAUCAUCACAACAUGUUGAGGAGGCUUUUUUGAAGACUGCAGAAAGGAUACUCCAGAAGAUCCAGGAAGGUGUGUUUGAUUUGUCCAAUGAGUCAUCAGGGAUCAAGUUUGUACAUAGACGUCCUCAAAGCACAGCACCAAAAGAUAGAACAGUUGCUCAGAGUGGUGGCUGUUGUAGUUGACCUUAGAAAGCAUAUAUAUAUAUAUAUAUACACAUAUCAUUAUUUAUGAAUCUUGAAGCAUGUAAUAUAUAUGCAGGCGCAGGCGUGGUUCUCCGAGAAUAUCAUUUCUUGUAUAUUGAUUGUGGUUCUAUCUAUGUCUUAUAAUAUUAAUAGGUAACCUAUUUUACUA